AUGGAGACUCUUAUAAGCACCGCUCAUGUUCCUACAAAAUUUCUAAAGUCUGCAUACCUUAUAGGGAAAAUCCCACGACGAGCCCUGGCGUCGGAGCCUCGUGUCUCUUACGACCUCUACAUUCCACCUGAGCCUUACAAGUCUAUCUCACUCGCCCAAAGCAAAGACGGACCACAAAAGGCUCCCCAAAAGCUUCCAUUGUUGGUCUUUAUACAUGGCACUCUGCGUGAUGAUUGCUACAUCGAUAGAGGACUUAUCCCCUUCGCUGAAUCCACACCCUGUGCCGUCAUGGCGCCGCUUUUCCCUGCCGGACUUGAAGGCCCCUUUGACCUAGACUCAUAUAAAUUACUUCGGUCUCGAACACUACGAUCCGACUUGGCGCUCUUGGGUAUGCUAGAUGAGGUGGCUCAUUGUUGGCCGGGCAUUGAUACAAGUAAAAUAUUUCUCAUGGGUUACUCAGGCGGUGCUCAGUUUGUGCAUCGAUUCCUCUAUCUUUACCCUGAACGUCUUGCAGCCGUCAGCAUUGGGGCUCCAGGGAGUGUGACUGCCCUAGACACUUCAAUGAAAUGGCCUGCAGGCAUAGCAGAUGUGGAAAAGCUUUUUGGUGUAUGUAUCGAUAGGGAUUUGAUCAAGCAAGUACAAAUUCAACUCGUUGUAGGCGACGCUGAUAUUGAGGUUCAUGGGGGAGAAGAGUUUUGGACCUGGCUACGGAAGUUGCGAAUAGCACCCGAUGCAGAGUCGGUAGCUGGCGUACAGCCGGAUACCGAGCCGAAUGGAUUACAAAACAAAAGGAUGGUAGAAAAUAGGCUGGGCACUUUGAAAAGACUGCAAACUUUGUGGAGAGAAGAUGGGAUAAAUGCCCAAUUGGAUAUUGUGGAGGGUGCGAAGCAUGAGGGUAUUAAAUGUCAGGGUCAUUCAUUGAAGUUCUUGGAUUCGCGGAUGCGUCAACAAUAG